UCAAGGUAAAGUUCCCAUUUGGCAGAUGGCAGAUAACAUACAAAACCGCGAAGGUCUGCACUUUGGUGUGCUGGCUAUUUGUAAUCAUCAUUGCUGUGGUUCCGAUUUUAGAAACGACAUAUUUUUCAAAUAUGUUUUAUUCAAAAACAGCAGUUUGUUUGGCUCUUCCAUUAUCCCGACAGAAAGUCAGCGGAUGGGAAUAUUCAACAGCUAUUUUCGUGUUCUUCAAUAGUAUUGCGUUUAUUGUAAUAGCUUGGUGUCAAUUGUCUAUUUUUCAAGUAGCUAAAAGUAGCAAUAGAAUAAUGGCGAAGAGGACAAAACAAGACCUAACACUGGCUAGAAGAUUGUUUCUUGUUGUUUUGACAGACUUUCUUUGUUGGUUUCCUGUUGGAGUAAUGGGUAUACUAGCAAUGACUGGUCAAGUAUUUCCGUCAGCAGUGUAUUCCUGGGUAGCGGUAUUUGUGAUGCCACUGAAUGCAGCUUUAAACCCAUUUCUUUACACGUUUUCAACAUUAAAAGAGAAACCAAACAUUAUGGCAAAGAUGUCUGUCAAAAUAUUUCAGUUUUCCAAAGUUAAAGACCGACGUAAAGCUGCAUCCGAUGAAAUGUUCAUGUCCUCAAUAUUCAACAAUAAUUACAAGAUGCUUCAGAUGGAGCAGAUAACUCUUCGACAACUGUUUGCUACGAGGAAACUAACCGUUCGGGAGAGUAUUCGUCUUGUAUCACAACUUACCGCUGGAAUAGCAUACUUACAUCAUCGUUAUUUGACACUUUGCAAACCAGUUUCUUUGGAUACUUUAGUUGUCGUCAUGGAUGGAGAGUUAACAUAA